AUGUGGCUCUUGGCAGCUUUGCUCCUUUGGAUUCUGGUUGUUGGGCAAGUAGACUCCACAAAGUCAGUGGUCACCUUGCAGCCUCCAUGGGUCAGUGUAUUCCCACAGGAAAGUGUAACCUUAUGGUGUAAAGGACCUCAUCUCCCUGGGGGCACCUCCACAGAGUGAUUUCUCAAUGGCACAGCCAUUCAGACCUUGACCCAAUACAGCAUUACUGCUGCCAGAGUCAAAGACAGUGGUGAAUACAGGUGCCAGACAGGUCUCUCAGUGCCGAGUGACUCUGUGCGGCUGGAAAUCCACAGAGAUUGGCUACUACUCCAGGUCUCUAGGAGGGUCUUCACUGAAGGAGAACCUCUGGCUUUGAGGUGUCAAGGAUGGAAGAAAAAGCUAAUGUACAAUGUGCUUUUCUAUCAAAAUGAUAAAGCCUUUAUUUUCUCCUUAAAUUCUGAACUCACCAUUCUGAAAACUAACAUGAGUCACAAUGGCAUUUAUCAGUAUUCAGGCAUGGGAAUGUGCCGCUACACAUCAGCAGGGGUAUCUGUCACUGUGAAAGAGCUAUUUCCAGCUUCAGCGCCAACAGCAUCCUUGUCCCUCCCUCUCCUAGAGGGGAACCUGGUCGCCCUGAGCUGUGAAACAAAGUUGCUCUCACAGAGGCCUGGUUUGCACCUUUACUUCUCCUUCUACAUGGGCAGCGAGCUCUUGCAGGUCAGGAACACAUCCUCCAAAUACCAGAUACUAACUGUUAGAAGAGAAGAUUCUGGGUUAUACUGGUGCAAGGCAGCCACGGAAGGGAAUGUCCUUAAGCGCAGCCUGGAGUUGGAGCUCCAAGUGCUUGGCCUCCAGUCACCAACUCCUGUCUGGUUUCAUGUCCUUUUCUGUCUGGCAGUGGGAAUAAUAUUUUUGGCGGACACUUUUCUCUGUGUGACAGUACAUAAAGAACUGCAAAGAAAGAAAAAGUGGAAUUUAGGAAUCUUUUUGGCUUCUGAUCAUGGGAAGAAGGUAACUUCCUACCUUCAAAAAGACAGACAUUUAGAAGAAGAGCUGAAGUGUCAGGAACAAGAACAGUUGCAAGAAAGAACACACCAGAAGAAGCCCCAGGAGGGAGAGCAGCCGCAGCUCGAUCCGGCUGUGCGCGGCGACCUAACUGACGCGAACACUGACUGGCGCGCGCUUUUCCGCAGCCUCCCCUCAAAACCCCGUGACAAGUCAUUUGCUUUUCCUGAACCGAAGGAGCGAGGAAUGAGCUCUGGGGUCGUCGGCAGCGGCGACAGGCGGAUGUGUGAGAACGCAGAGGCAGAAUGGAAGUAUCGCGAGAAGCCGCAGUGCGGGCGGGACCGCGGUCUCCCCAGGCGCGUAGCUGAAUAG